AUGUCAAUCAAAUUAUUGGAUGAUAAUGAAAUUUUGAAUUUUUAUAAUAAUAAUAAUGAUAUUAAUAGUAAUAAUAACGAUAGUAGUAACAGUAGUAGUAGUCGUAGACAUAGUAGUGAUAGUGGUAGUCGUAGACGUCGUACUAGUAGUAGUCAUAGUAGUAGUAGUAGUAGUCGUAGACAUAGUAGUGGUAGUGGUAGUAGUAGUAGUCGUAGUCGUAGUAGCUGUAGUAGUAGUCGUCGUACUAGUAGUAGUCAUAGUGUGGUGUAUACUACUACUACUACUACUACUACUACUACUACUACUACUACUACUACUACUACUACUACUACUACUACUACUACUACUACUACUACUACUACUACUACUACUACUACUACUACUACUACUACUACUACUACUACUACUACUACUACUACUACUACUACUACUACUACUACUACUACUACUACUACUACUACUACUACUACUACUACUACUACUACUACUACUACUACUACUACUACUACUACUACUACUACUACUACUACUACUACUACUACUACUACUACUACUACUACUACUACUACUACUACUACUACUACUACUACUACUACUACUACUACUACUACUACUACUACUACUACUACUACUACUACUACUACUACUACUACUACUACUACUACUACUACUACUACUACUACUACUACUACUACUACUACUACUACUACUACUACUACUACUACUACUACUACUACUACUACUACUACUCCUACUACUACUACUACUACUACUACUACUACUACUACUACUACUACUACUACUACUACUACUACUACUACUACUACUACUACUACUACUACUACUACUACUACUACUACUACUACUACUACUACUACUACUACUACUACUACUACUACUACUACUACUACUACUACUACUACUACUACUACUACUACUACUACUACUACUACUACUACUACUACUACUACUACUACUACUACUACUACUACUACUACUACUACUACUACUACUACUACUACUACUACUACUACUACUACUACUACUACUACUACUACUACUACUACUACUACUACUACUACUACUACUACUACUACUACUACUACUACUACUACUACUACUACUACUACUACUACUACUACUACUACUACUACUACUACUACUACUACUACUACUACUACUACUACUACUACUACUACUACUACUACUACUACUACUACUACUACUACUACUACUACUACUACUACUACUACUACUACUACUACUACUACUACUACUACUACUACUACUACUACUACUACUACUACUACUACUACUACUACUACUACUACUACUACUACUACUACUACUACUACUACGACUACUACUACUACUACUACUACUACUACUACUGCUACUACUACUACUACUACGACAACGAUGACUACUAUUACUACUACUACUAAUAUUACUACACACAUAUGCGCACUACUACUAAUACUGUUCGCACUAGUCAACUUUGACCUUGGCGUUGAAGUUUAUUACGGUAAGAAUCGUACAAUAACUAUUAUGGAUCCCUCAUUCAUAAUAAAGCUGAACAACAUAGCAGAAAAGUAUAAUUAUGAAUUCCGUGAUUGUGACAUAGUCGAUUUAACAGAGUUUUCAGUCACUAAAACAGGGGAUUUCCUGUCGUCAUUACCAGAUAGUAUAUUAUCAGAUGAUGAAAAUUGUUGUGAUGUUGAGAAUGUCCAACCAUCUAUUACUAAAACAGGGUCUUCUACAAAUACUACUAUUAUUGGCACAUGCAGUGAUACAGAAAAGGAAGAAGAAGAAGAGGCAGAGAAACGAGAAGUUGAAAGUCCAUUAUUUAAUGAAAAUUCCAAAAUGGAUUUCAAUGGUAUAAAAGCUGCCUUAUCUUCAUUGGAGAAAUCAGUAUCUUCUUGGGAAAAGCGAAGGUUUCGUCAAAUUAAUGGGUCAAACUUACAUACUAGCAGUAGCAGUAGCAGCGGUAGAGUCAGUCCUACUCCAGAUGACAGAAACCACUUUCGAAAUAUAAUAUCACCAUUUAUGAAAUCUAAAAAUAAUCUCCAUUAUAUUAAAAGACUUACACAUAAAGAAAAAUGGAAAUCUCCUAUGGAAAUAAUCAAAUCAAAACAACGUGUUAUUGAUUGGUUAA